UGAUCACACGUCAAAUUAAUAUUGAAAGAAUGUUGAGAACAUUUUUGAAACUAUUGAGAAAAAUUUCAAAACUUAUUUUCUACGUACAUGCCAAACUUUAUUGAAAAAGAUUAUGUAGCAGACACCUAAUUUUUUGUAGCAGAAUAUGUACCUAAGUUAAAAUAUUGUAAAUAAAGCGCUUCUAGCAACAAAGUUCCAUAACAAAACUACUGUUAGCCGAAACUGACAUUUUGGUCACAGUUUUUUAAGCAAUCCUUGUAAUCAAAUUUUGUUACUUAAAUGAACAUAUAUUUUGUCAUGAAUUUUUCACUAUUGUCAUGCUGAUUUUAGCCUCUUUUCAAUGAUAUAUAAUAGUCAAUAAUAAAAAUAGUUUUAAAUUUUUACACACGUGGCUACAUUAAUAAAAAACAAACAACAGAGUUCUGUUGCACAUAAACCUUGACUUCAAAAAUACCUCUCUAUCUUUUGAUUUAAAUGCUGUUGUGACAUUUUCAUGCAUAGCUAUGAUAACUGUCACCAGCCAACCUUUACACCACACUACUUCUCGAGCUACUCUGUCAAAAGGUUUUUCUCCAUCCAUAAAUCUUUUUUUUUUUUUUUUUAGUAUUUCCUGAACUUGACUUACUAUCUAUUGUUCCUUUACCUGACCAAAAAUUAAGCUGCAUGUCAUUUUGUUUGCAACGAUAUUUUCUAAAAAACCUUCAUUACUUAAUCAAGUAGUUUUAUUCCUGAAUAUGAACCUUUUCUAGUGGCUCGACCUGCUUUAUAAAUCCUUACCAUCCAUUUUUUCUAACCCAUCUGAUAGGUAACUUUACUAUAUUUUAUCGGGUAUGCUGGUUUACUAAAUUUGUUUACUACCUUCAUAAGGUACAUACAUAAGGCUUAUGUACAUAAGCCUUAUGUGUGUUAUAUAUGUACAUAAGCCUUAUGUGAAUUUUUUGCACAUAUGUGUAGGUACGUGGAAAUAUCCGUUUUACGGAACCGAAUUAUGUGCUAAAAAAAUGUGCCACGCUUUUUAGAUUUUUUUUUAACUAGCGUUGGGAAGACGUGUUUAGUUAAAAAACUUUUUAGAAUUUGAUAUCAAUAUAGAUUAUUUUUAGAAACUAGAAUAGUUAAUCUUUAUUACUGUGAGCUUCAUUAUUUUACUGGAUGGCUUUUUUAUUGAGUUUUUUGAUGUCUAAAACUUUGUUGUACUUUGGGCAUGAAAUUAAUGUCGAAGAUUAAAUAAAAUGGAAAAUAAAGAUGUUGAUAAAGGUUUACAAUAUUGUUUCCUAUUUAUUAAAAUUUUAAAAAAGUUAUUUGCCUUCAAUGUAAAGUUAUUGAAACUUAUUAACUUUACAUUGAAGGCAAAUAAUUUAAUUUAACUGAAUUUUAAUGUUUCCUUACUUGAAAGUUGAAUUUUUUAAAAAUGUAACUGACAUAUUAGUAACAUUAUAACAUAUUUUAUCUUACAUUGUAAUCAUUAAAAAAAUUGUUGUAUCAUGAUGAUCAUGAUACAACAAUUAGUCUCUCCAAUAACAAUUGUAAUAAACUACUACUAGUAGUAGUAUAUUACAAUUGUUAUUGGAGAGUCUUGUUGUAUCAUCAUGAUACAACAGUAAGUAGUAUAUUGUAAUUGUUAUUGGAGAAAAAAGUCUAGUUUUUACCUAGACUUUUUUAUAAAAAGAUGCACGAUAAUCAUCUUUUUUUUUUAAUGAUUAACUGUUAAUCUUUCAACUGUAACAAAUAAUAUAAAUUAAAUAUGGUCAUAUUUAACUAAUAUAUGUUAGCAACCUUAUUCAACUUUUAUGUAUAAUAAAUGUAACGUAAAUAAUCAAGAACAUUUGUUAUAUUGUUUAGCUGCCCAAAGCAGUCCUACGGCAGCAGCCAACAAUAUCAGUUAGUUAUUUUAAACAUUAAAUAUUCAUUAGUUUCUUUUAACUUAAGAUCAGUAGAUUUAUUCAAAUGUUUGUAUUAUUUUGCUAAAAAAAGUUUUUCAUUUUUUGUUUAGAUGAUGCUUUUGAGAGGAUAAGUCAGUUUUUUUUGGCGAUUUAUUAUUUUAGUAUUUAGUCUUUUGCUCUCAAUAUUAAAUUAUAUAUCUUUAUUAUGCUAUGUGUUUUGUACCGAUUUUUGUGCAUCCACAAAGUUUUUUCACAGUUGUUUAUUUUGUAUAUUCCUGAUUAUUUCUUGCUUUUUAUUGAGUCAUUGUUAUUUUUUUUCUAUAGACAAUUUAGAACAAACUAUUAGUAAGUAAAGUUUGAACUAUUUUAGUUAUUUAGUCAUUUGAACUUUUUUUUUUUGUAAUGUUAGUCUGAUAAUUUAAUUUUAUAAUAAAGUUAGUAUAUUUAAAUUGGCUUUUAUGCGAAUUCAGACAGCAGAUUUGUAAGUUUAGUAAAUUUUAACGAUUUCAAUAGUAUAGUUUAAUGAUUCAUGCUAAGAUUAUUAUUUAAUUGAUACACGUUAAAGCUGUUUACUCUAUUGACACACGCUAACUAAAGAUGUAACGAAAAGUGUAACUUGAAAUUAAGUUUAUUUUAGUAAACUAUUGUUAUUACUAUUGUUACUAUUUUUUCCUUUUAAUUCUUUAGCAACACUUACUUCAUUAAUUGGUAAGAGAUUAAGGUGUAUUUUUAUGUUUAAGUAUUGAGAAAUAUAGUUUGAUUUUGUGUAUUAUGCAGUAUUGUACUAUUUAAUAUGUGCUAUGUUAUUGUAUAUUUAAUAUGUACUAUGUAUUUAUAUUUAACAUGUAAUAUUUACAUGUACCAUUUAAUUUUUUGUGUCAUUGUAUUAUUUAAUCUUUCAUAUCCUUGUCAUCUGUUGCAGCUGGUAAGGUUUCUAUAUUAUGAUAUUUCAAAAUUAUUUAUAUGGCAAAGUAAUUGCAAGAGUAAGUUUUUUGUUCAUUACAUUUUUUUUUUUUUUUGAAGUAUCAUCUAUAGCUGCUCUAUCUGUACCACCAUUAUCUGUUUUAGCUGUUCCACCUUCCACUGAUCUAACUGUGCCAUCAUCAUCUACUCCAACUGUGGCAUCUUCAUCUGCUCCAACUGUGCCAUCAUCAUCUACUCCAACUGUGGCAUCUUCAUCUGCUCCAACUGUGCCAUCAUCAUCUACUCCAACUGUGCCAUCAUCAUCUACUCCAACUGUGCCAUCAUCAUCUGCUCUAACUGUGCCAUCAUCAUCUACUCCAACUGUGCCAUCAUCAUCUACUCCAACUGUGACAUCUUCAUCUGUUCCAACUGGUUGGGGGGGGGGUUACACGCUCCUUCCAUACAUCAAUGCAAGUUGUGUAUUUGAAUUCCUGUAAAAUAUAGUUUUAUUAUGUAUACUAUUGAUUUCAAUGUAGUAAAGAUAAAAUUUUUAAUGAAAACAA